GGCUGCUCCUCCGAACUUCUCACCGGAGGCUCCACCACAAACAGCAGCUGAACGGAAACCAGCUGCAAACCUGGAGAACGUGAGGUUAUAUGCACUACCAGACGUGGGCAAGACCUGUGGGCGCCCCUAGCUGAGACUACAACUCCCAGAAUGCACCUUUCACUUCCAUGGGAGUUACAAGAACAGCCGAGUGAGGCUGUACUUUCACACCGUCGGCAGAGCAACGCAGCAGAGUUCUAGCUGUUCACCGCCGGAGCCCAUUGACUAUAAUGACGGGGAUCGGGCUGCUCCCUGGAUUUUAUGGCGGGAUGUAGCGGGACAAAAACUGUUGCGUGCAGCUAUAUUUGUCCAGCCGGAUCCCGUUAUAAUCUAUAGGGUCCAGUAAACACGCAGCACCAUCCGGCUAUGCAGGAUCCGAAUAGAUGCCAGAAACCAUCUUUGCCAGAACACCCUGCUGGAUUGCUCUGUCUGUGUGAAAGAAGCCCAGGUGUAUAUGCUGGGAGUUGUAGUUUCACAGCAGCUGGAGUGCCGACUGUUGCGGAUCCCUGAACUAUGGAAGGAGUCGCUAGUCUGGAGAGACAUUCGAUUGUGGAACAUGGUUGACAGGAUUUGACGUAUUACCUUGGCUUUAAUUCACCGCCAUAUGGUGUCACUGUAAGGGAGUCUUAUUCUGUGACUUGGGAUUCAGAAAACAGCGUGCUUGCUCCAAAGUUGCUUCAUUUUUUUAUUUUUUUACAGCAUAAGUAUUUUGCUGUCUUCCAAUUCUGAGUGUGCACUUGCACAACAGGGUUCAUGUAUGAGUAAGGUCCACUCUAAUGUGCCGCCAUAUGUUCUGACGUUGGCAAUAUAUGGAGCUGCUGAGAAACACCUUUGAAUACUGUCACGCCCAACACCAUCUCUCCGCAUGAAUCACACGCUUUGCCCGUCGCUCAGGAGCCGGGUCGUGGGCAGCGCACACCAUUAGAGGCCUCUGCGCGCGGAUCUCCCCCUGCAAAAGACUCUUGUGUCCACGGAGCCCUGUUCUCCAGUCACAGUCCGUCCCGGCGGUAAAAUUCACAGUUUAUCCAGAUGGGGUAACGUGAUCGGUCCAAAGGGAUCAUCUGUUGUUGCCUCUGAACUGCCAGGAGUCGCCACAAAGAGAGGUUUUUUUUUCUUCUUCUUCUACUCUACGGAAGGAAAAAAUCUUGGAACUUAAGAGUCAAGAAGAUUUGGAUACUGAGCCUUGCGGACGGACGGUCUCGGAGCCGUUACCUUUCAGCCUCCCGACCCUUUUUACUGGUUUGGGAAUUAUUAUAUUUUUUUUUUUAGAUAUUUUGCACAAUAUUUGUGUUGAGUUUUUUGUACGUUUUUAUCUCCUCCUUUGUAUCUCGCCAUGGCUCGGAUUAAUCGCCCGGCUCCAGUGGAAGUCUGCUAUAAAAACAUGCGCUUCCUGAUCACCCACAACCCCACAAAUGCCACGCUGAACACCUUCAUCGAGGAUCUGAAGAAGUACGGGGCCACCACAGUGGUGAGAGUGUGCGAGGUGACCUACGACAAGACUCCUCUGGAGAAAGAUGGAAUCACUGUCAUGGAUUGGCCUUUUGAUGAUGGCGCACCUCCUCCCAACAAGAUUGUGGAUGAUUGGCUCAACUUGCUGAAAGCAAAAUUCUGUGAAGAUCCAGGAUGCUGUGUGGCGGUGCACUGCGUAGCUGGACUGGGCAGGGCUCCCGUCCUGGUCGCUCUGGCGCUCAUUGAGAGUGGAAUGAAGUAUGAAGAUGCCAUUCAGUUCAUCCGGCAAAAGCGCAGAGGCGCCAUUAACAGCAAGCAACUGACGUACCUGGAAAAAUAUCGGCCAAAGCAGAGACUACGGUUCAAAGACCCCCAUAACCACAAAAACAAGUGCUGCAUCAUGUAAAUGCCCCGACGUACUGCCAAAGUACACACACAGGCACCCCACCGCCACCCUCCGUAACACGAGCUUCAUCUAUGAAGUCAGCAGCUUCCUCCAACCAGUUAUUUUCCAUCUCCAUGAACAUUAUGUGUACUAGAAGUUACAGCAAUAGCAUACAAGGGGUUGAGGCAGGUAUGUCUGAGCCAGGUGAGGCUACACUAUAGGAGAUCGAAUAUUGCGUACCAGCAGAUAACACAGCCACGCGCUGGGAGACGGUGUGAGUGAUUUUGCCUUCUGGUACAUUAUAUAUGUAUGUGUGCAUGUUUUUUUUUUAUUAUUAUUGCUGCCCCCUUGUGGUUAAAGGGUGCAUUCAUCAUUAUGCAUGACCCAUCGGCAGUGUGCAACACACCGUAAGAAGCAUACAUUUUGAAGCCUUACUUUUUACUGAUUCUGCUCUCACCAGACGAUCAUUGCGUAAGUUUCAUUUAGAAUUAUCUAAAGAAUUUGUAAGUGCCGCCAGCGACCACAGCGGGGAGGAAAAAUUUGGGUUUGGCCUCUACUCAAACCACAUCUGGUUUCAUGUGUCCCUUUCUAGAAGACUUGGGAUUUCCAGCAUCUAGUUUGUAAAAUACGAGCAGAUUUUAGUUGUGUUUUUUGUUUUGUUCAAAUUUUUUAUUUUUCACAUCCUGUACAAAUCUUUUGCUAGCUGACUGAAUGUUUCUUGGUACACGGUUUUUAUAAUGGGUCACAAAAGCCUUGAAGUCACAAGCGGAAAGGGGUGAGCAGCGUAUGGUCUGAUAAAUAUCUGUGAGGACCUCCAGAGGGUUAAAAAAAAAUUAAAAUAAUACAAAAACUUUUAAAAAAAAAAGAACUUUAUAAAAAUGUUGAGAUUGUGGCUCACAUGUACAAAUGUCUGUUACAUUUUUUUUUUCUCGUCUUUUAUUGAACUACUUUUGGAAAACAGUUCCUUAACAACUGUAUGAAUUUGAAGGGUAACUUAAGGAAGUGAUCUCUCUUCCUGCGAGAGUCUAAAAAUGAAAAUACAAAAAUUCCGACGGUGGUUCCAUAGCCGAAAGUCUGCAGCACCUGCUUCGUAUAGCACUUGUCUUUACAGGUGAAAUCUACCUCUUCCUGCAGAGGGUUAUGCAACAGCCGUCGUCGCACACAGGUCUCAACACGGCGCGCGUCAGAAAGCUCAGUGCUGAAUUUUAUUUUAAUUUUUUUGUUCUAUUUUUUAUUUUAAGCAUUGAGUUGGUAUAAAUAAAAUGAAGCCGCUGUGAAAGCCGUAUAUGUAUCGGAAGCGCAUUUAUAUAAGUCACGUGUUCCACAAGGCGGCUUACCAGAGGAUUUCUUGUAUCGUGCAAGGAAUCGGGGUUGUUGUGUUUUUUUUUUUUUUUUUGUAUUUUUAACAUUCUUCUAGGACAGUAUUGUCCAAUCAUGGAGUUUGUCUGUAACACUUUGACUUAUAAUUAUGCCCAUGUAUUGAUGUUUUCGGAAUAAAAUAAAUGGCACUGGAGUUUAUUAUUAAACUGAAAAAAAAAUAA